AUGGGAGGUACGAGUGCUUACCCAUCAGGUUCUACGGCUCAGUCGAGUCAAGCUACUGAAAGAACAGUCGUCAGAAAGAGCUACGCCUGCAAGGUGAAAGAGACUCUGGACGAGAUGGCACAGCUGCUUGAUAUUCCACCUGAAGUGAGAGCUGAACUGACUGAUGAGGACAUCGUAGCCAUGUCGAUUAAGUUUAUAAAGAAAAUGACAGCACCUGAUGGAGUUUCACAACCCAGGGACCCAGAUAAAGACAUCCCACUGGACACAUAUCUCGCUGUAUUAGAUGGCUUUGUCCUGCACCUGGGCAGAAGUGGAAAAGUCCAGUACAUUUCCCAAAAUGAACUCAUAAAUCAAUCCGUGGAUCUGAGCUUGGCAGUAAAUCUGGCCUCAGCCCUUCUCUUUGGUUUGUAG